AUGAUCCGUUUUGUGACAAUUGUGUGUUCGUCCCAGACCUUCACGGCGUGGUGUAACUCCCACUUGAGGAAAGCCGGGACACAGAUCGAGAACAUUGAGGAGGAUUUCAGAAAUGGCCUCAAACUCAUGCUGCUGCUGGAGGUCAUCUCAGGUGAGAGGCUGCCCAAACCCGACAAAGGCAAGAUGCGUUUCCACAAGAUCGCCAACGUCAACAAAGCUCUGGACUUCAUCUGCAGCAAAGGAGUAAAACUGGUGUCCAUCGGUGCUGAAGAAAUUGUUGAUGGCAACGGGAAGAUGACCCUCGGUAUGAUCUGGACCAUCAUCUUGCGUUUCGCCAUCCAGGACAUCUCUGUUGAAGCUCACGUGGAGGACCUCACCUUCGCCAAAGCUCAUGUGGAGGACCUCACCUUGGCCAAAGCUCAUGUGGAGGACCUCACCUUGGCCAUAACUCACGUGGAGGACCUCACCUUGGCCAUAGCUCAUGUGGAGGACCUCACCUUGGCCAUAGCUCACGUGGAGGACCUCACCUUGGCCAUAGCUCAUGUGGAGGACCUCACCUUGGCCAUAGCUCACGACCUCACCUUGGCCAUAGCUCACGUGGAGGACCUCACCUUGGCCAUAGCUCACGUGGAGGACCUCACCUUGGCCAUAACUCACGUGGAGGACCUCACCUUGGCCAUAGCUCAUGUGGAGGACCUCACCUUGGCCAUAGCUCAUGACCUCACCUUGGCCAUAGCUCACGUGGAGGACCUCACCUUGGCCAUAAGUCACGUGGAGGACCUCACCUUGGCCAUAGCUCAUGUGGAGGACCUCACCUUGGCCAUAACUCACGUGGAGGACCUCACCUUGGCCAUAGCUCAUGUGGAGGACCUCACCUUGGCCAUAGCUCAUGUGGAGGACCUCACCUUGGCCAUAACUCACGACCUCACCUUGGCCAUAACUCACGUGGAGGACCUCACCUUGGCCAUAGCUCACGUGGAGGACCUCACCUUGGCCAUAACUCAUGUGGAGGACCUCACCUUGGCCAUAACUCAUGUGGAGGACCUCACCUUGGCCAUAGCUCAUGUGGAGGACCUCACCUUGGCCAUAGCUCAUGUGGAGGACCUCACCUUGGCCAUAACUCACGUGGAGGACCUUACCUUGGCCAUAGCUCAUGACCUCACCUUGGCCAUAACUCACGUGGAGGACCUCACCUUGGCCAUAACUCACGUGGAGGACCUCACCUUGGCCAUAGCUCACGUGGAGGACCUCACCUUGGCCAUAACUCACGUGGAGGACCUCACCUUGGCCAUAACUCACGUGGAGGACCUCACCUUGGCCAUAACUCACGUGGAGGACCUCACCUUGGCCAUAGCUCACGUGGAGGACCUCACCUUGGCCAUAGCUCAUGUGGAGGACCUCACCUUGGCCAUAGCUCAUGACCUCACCUUGGCCAUAACUCACGUGGAGGACCUCACCUUGGCCAUAGCUCACGUGGAGGACCUCACCUUGGCCAUAACUCACGUGGAGGACCUCACCUUGGCCAUAGCUCACGUGGAGGACCUCACCUUGGCCAUAACUCACGUGGAGGACCUCUGCGACAAGACCUCUGCGAAGGAGGGUCUGCUGCUGUGGUGCCAGAGGAAGACUGCCCCCUACAGGAACGUCAACGUUCAGAACUUCCACAUCAGUUGGAAGGACGGCUUGGCUCUGUGUGCCCUGAUCCACAGACACAGACCCGACCUGAUCGACUACUCCAAACUGAGAAAGGACGAUCCCAUUGGAAACCUGAACACUGCUUUUGAAGUGGCUGAGAAGUUCCUGGACAUCCCAAAAAUGCUUGAUGCUGAAGAUAUUGUGAACACACCCAAACCCGACGAGAAGGCCAUCAUGACCUACGUGUCCUGCUUCUACCACGCCUUCGCUGGAGCAGAGCAGGCUGAAACUGCUGCCAACCGUAUCUGCAAAGUGCUGGCGGUGAACCAGGAGAAUGAGAAACUGAUGGAGGAGUACGAGAAGCUGGCCAGCGAGCUGCUGGAAUGGAUCCGCCGCACCAUCCCGUGGCUGGAGAACCGUGUGGCUGAGCAGACCAUGAGGUCCAUGCAGCAGAAGCUGGAGGACUUCCGUGACUAUCGCCGCAUCCACAAACCGCCACGUGUCCAGGAGAAAUGUCAGCUGGAGAUCAACUUCAACACUCUGCAGACCAAGCUGCGGCUGAGCAACCGGCCGGCGUUCAUGCCCUCCGAGGGCAAGAUGGUGUCGGACAUCGCUAACGCCUGGAAAGGCCUGGAGCAGGUGGAGAAGGGCUACGAGGAGUGGCUGCUGACGGAGAUCCGCCGCCUGGAGAGACUCGACCAUUUGGCCGAGAAGUUCAAGCAGAAGUGCUCCAUGCACGAGUCCUGGACCUCAGGAAAGGAGGAGCUGCUGUCUCAGAAGGACUUUGAGUCUGCGUCGCUGAUGGAGAUCCGCGCUCUGAUGAGGAAACACGAGGCGUUUGAGAGCGACCUCGCCGCGCACCAGGACCGUGUGGAGCAGAUCGCCGCCAUCGCACAGGAGCUCAAUGAGCUGGACUACCAUGAUGCUGCCUCAGUGAACGCUCGCUGCCAGGGCAUCUGUGACCAGUGGGACAAUCUGGGAACUCUGACCCAGAAGAGGAGGGACUCUCUGGAGCGUGUGGAGAAACUGUGGGAGACCAUUGAUCAGCUUUAUCUGGAGUUUGCAAAGAGAGCAGCACCUUUCAACAACUGGAUGGACGGAGCCAUGGAGGACCUGCAGGACAUGUUCAUCGUCCACAGCAUCGAGGAGAUCCAGAGCCUGAUCACAGCCCACGACCAGUUCAAGGCCACUCUGCCUGAGGCCGAUAAGGAGCGCAUGGCCACAAUAGGAAUCCAGAACGAGAUCCUGAAGAUCAGUCAGACCUACAACAUCAAGCUGACGGGCAUUAACCCCUACACCAACCUGAGCCCCCAGGACAUCGGCAACAAGUGGGACACUGUGAAGCACCUGGUGCCCCUCAGAGACCAAAUGCUGCAGGAGGAAGUGGCCCGACAGCAGGCCAACGAGAGGCUGAGGCGCCAGUUCGCUGCUCAGGCAAACAUCAUUGGACCCUGGAUCCAGACCAAGAUGGAGGAGAUCAGCCACGUGUCUGUGGACAUCUCCGGCUCUCUGGAGGAACAGAUGAACAGCCUGAAGCAGUACGAACAGAACAUCAUCAACUACAAAUCCAACAUCGACAAACUGGAGGGAGACCACCAGCUCAGCCAAGAGUCGCUCAUCUUCGACAACAAGCACACCAACUACUCCAUGGAGCACAUCCGCGUGGGCUGGGAGCAGCUGCUCACCACCAUCGCCAGAACCAUCAACGAGGUGGAGAACCAGAUCCUGACCCGCGACGCCAAAGGCAUCAGCCAGGAGCAGCUCAACGAGUUCAGAGCCUCCUUCAACCACUUCGACAGGAAGAGGAACGGCAUGAUGGACCCAGACGACUUCCGCGCCUGCCUCAUCUCCAUGGGCUACGAUCUGGGUGAGGUGGAGUUCGCUCGCAUCAUGACCCUCGUGGACCCCAAUAACACCGGAGUGGUGACCUUCCAGGCCUUUAUCGACUUCAUGACCCGCGAGACCGCCGAGACCGACACAGCAGAGCAAGUCAUGGCCUCCUUCAAGAUCCUGGCCUCAGACAAAAACUACAUCACGGUGGACGAGCUGCGCAGAGAGCUGCCCCCAGAGCAGGCCGAGUACUGCAUCAGCCGCAUGACCCGGUACAUCGGCGCCGAUGGUCCCGCCGGAGCCCUGGACUACAUCUCCUUCUCCAGUGCCCUCUAUGGAGAGAGCGACUUAUAA